UUAGUGCGCUCGGAGAGCAAUUAGUGCGCAGGUCAGAGGUGCAGCUCAACAUGCCUCCGUUUGAGAAAACUCCACAUCCCAAACCCUUCAAACAGAGGAAGAGCUUAGCAACGAGGAAACAAGAGGUGGCGGGAAUACGGACUAAGUUUCCGACUAAGAUCCCGGUAAUAAUCGAGCGAUAUCAGAGAGAGAAGUUUUUGCCGCCUUUGGAUAAAACCAAGUUCCUCGUGCCUCAGGAGCUCACCAUGACCCAGUUCGUCACCAUCAUCAGGAAUCGGAUGACGCUGAUGCCCAAUCAGGCCUUUUACCUGCUCAUCAAUAACUCUGGCAUCGCCAGCAUGUCUAUGACCAUGGCACAGCUUUAUAAAGACCACAAAGAUGAAGAUGGCUUUCUCUACAUGACCUACGCCUCGCAGGAGAUGUUCGGACACAGGUGACGCGUCCAGGACAUUUACUUCACUGAACUGAUGCAUUAUUUAAGUCGUUGUGUAUAUAGUGUUAACAUUUUAGCUACUGUUUGUGUGUGUUUUAAUGGGUUUUCUAAGUAAUAAACUGUCUUUAAUGAUCA